CGGGGGUGGUGUCGUAGCAGGUGUGGUCGAUUUGGUUGUUGUCCUCAAGGAGGUAGUUGGGGGGAGGUUGUGGCAUUGCAGGGAAAACCCCGGAGGUGACUUGGGAAUAGGUGGGACGGAUGGUGGGGAUGGUGGAGGUGGUCAUGAUGGGUUGGGAGAGGGUUUGGGAGUGCGGGGGGGGAAGAGGGGUGACUUUGAUGGGCGAGGAAUGAGGCGGUGUGCUGGAUGCGUCGGAUGAGGGAGGAGGUGGAGGGAAUUGGGAGAGGGUUUGGGAGUGCGGGGGGGGAAGAGGGGUGACUUUGAUGGGCGAGGAAUGAGGCGGUGUGCUGGAUGCACCGGAUGAGGGAGGAGGUGGAGGGAACGAAACGAUGGUGGGGAUUGAAGGGUUGGUGGAUAUGGCGGUAGAGAUGGUAGGAGUGGAGGAGGUCGGCGGGGGGGUGUUGCUGGAGGCGGCCGUGGAGGAGGGAGUGGUUUGCGCUGUGGAGGUUGGAGUGGUUUGGACUGUGGAGGUUGGAGUGGUUUGCACUGUGGGGGUUGGAGUGGUUUGCGCGGUGGUGACGACCGUGAUGGAGGGGAUGGUCCCUUCGAUCGUGGUGACGCGGCAAGAAGAUAAGUCCAAAAUGGUGUCUUCUGAUGCUCAGAAUGAGUCCCCAGUCUCUACACCAGCAAAGAAGGAGGCUCCAAAGGAGCCUCCAGUUUCCACACCAGCAAAGGAGGCUCCUCCAAAGGAGCCUCCCGUUUUCACACCAGCAAAGAAGGAGCCCCUUGUUUCCACACAAGCAAAGAAGGAACCUUCAGUUGCCACACAAGCAAAGAAAGGAAAAGGUGGUGGUGAUGCAGCAGCGGGACCUCCGCCGACCAAUUAUAAUCCUCCAACGAAAUGGAGGUACAAAGUGGUGUCAAAAACCAGUGAGGUUGAUGAGCUGCUAUUUGGGAAGGAUACGGCGAAGGCAGAUACCUCCAAAAAAGCCAAGCUCAGACUGAUGUCGACAGAACAGGACACCGGGGCACUGCCACGACGCAGUGCCAGAAUCGCAGUUCGUACCCGCCCUGCAGUACCUCCAAGACCGAAGAAACUCAGCAGACGGACAACUCCAGCAGCAUCAAGUACGGCAUUGACGGUACAAGAAGCCACCGGAGAUCAUCCCACAUACCCAGUCCGAGGAGCCAAUGAGCCAGCGGCUGAUUAUCGUGGGCGGCUACUGGCAUUUUCAGAAGCCGUAGCUGCCGUCGAGGCCCGGAAGGAGAUAGCAGAGGCAGAACGUCAGCGGCUAGCCAAUGAAGCGGCAGCCGAAGCUCAGCGAACGACUGAGACUGACGCAGCGACACGAGACCGACGGAAUGCCAGCAGCACGGAGUCCUUGAUCGCUUGUGAGCAUCAGUGGACGACGAUACUCCAAGACAUGAUCUUUGUGCCUACAGAAGCGCAGGCAGACCCGACACCGGCGGAGGCAGAGAGAAGUAACCUGGCUAACUUGCUGUUGGGCAUGAUGAGAGGUAUUAUGUGGAAUAAUACACUGCUGCAGUCACAUCUGCGCGCGGACGGAACGCAGCGACAAACAUACAAGAAUGAUAUGACUACGUUAACCACUGCUAUCCGCACAGAGGCAAUGCAGCAGCAGCAACAGCAUCAACUGUUGAAUUCCACUGUCACACGCGUCAACAGCAUAGAGGCUAACGCCUCAGCAGCGCCAGGCUGCAUGACAGACGUGACGAAGCAACUCAACGAGCGCAUCGAUCACGUCGUCACCAUCAUCGGCGACAUAAGUACGUUCACUGGACCAGACUCGAUCAGCAGCACGGUGGCCGCCAUCAAGACGGACCUCACCAAGCUACAGACGAGACCGGAAGCCGCUACAAAGACAUUCAAAAUGUCGCACUUCGACAUCAGCAAGUUCGACGACUACAACAAGUCGGACGCCUUGUCAUGGUGGCAACGCUUCCUCACGGAAGCAGCAUGCCGCAUGGUCCCGACGGACGACAUGUUGAAGGCAAUAUAUCUGCAGCUGAUUGGAGGAGCGCAGGGAUGGAUGAACCACUUAGCGGCUACACACAAGUGCACUAUCGCCGAACUCCACACGCACAUUACGUGGAARGAGUUCGAGCAGYUAUGGUUCMCCCGGUUCAUGGUCCGCAACGUCGUGAAGGCGGCCAUGAAUGAGAAAGAACAACAAGACCACGAACAGUACAUUGCUCAUGGACAAGCUAAGCUGGCAAACUAUCCUAAACGAGGAGUGCCAGACACUGAUCGGAAAGUCAAACAUCUGCUUGAAAACUUGGAGGAACGUGAGAACAAGUGUCAGCGGUGUGCACAAAAGGCGGACGAAAUGCAAGCGAUCAUAGAUCGAGGCGAGAUUAACGAUGAUGGAAACUACCGCAGCGAAGAAGAGCAACUCCAAGAGCAGUUUGAAGAAUUCAAAUAUGAACAGUGUGCUUCAGAGAGUCCCGAUGAGGCAGACCUCAUUACUGAUUAUGAGAACAGCGAUCUGGAGGCUGAUUGUCCGUGGAGUCCUGUUGACAAUGCGGAGAGCACCACCUCCUCUUACACCACAGAGACCAGUGAUGAUGGCAAUGCUUCGACUUCAGAGAAUGAUGAUUCAAUGUCAAGACAAGUGCACGUGGAAAUACAGUCUAAAAUGGCACAUGCAAAGGAUCGCAAGGAUCACACGGCAAGCAUUGUAGGAGACAAGAACACGGUUAUUCUCACCCCGGAGGAACUGGCCCGAAUGAAGGCUGCGUCAACGAUUCUCUCUCUGAAAGAAAUUGUCGCUCUCAGAAGAGCGAGAGAGGCUGAGAAAGAAAAGGAGCGUGCUGUCUCCAAUGCGAGGAAAGCAGCAAUGCUCAAGAUGGAGGAGGAGCGGAGAAAAACAGUUCCUCUCACAGAAACCCAGAAGUUGAAGCAAGAAGCUGAUGCUGGGAUUAUAGCAGAAGCAGCUGUCAAGCUGGAUGAGCAGCGGGAUGAGGUCAAACGAAUGAAUCAGAUGGUUCUAUAUGCGAAAUGUGUGACACUGAGAGACAAGCAGCUGGAAGAAAAGAAAAUAAUAAAAGAGGAGCGAAAAGCAGAGCAGCGUCGUCUUGAUGCCAUGAUGGAGGUCGAGCGCCUCAAGAAGAUCAAGGAAUUUGACGAGAGAGAAGCAAAGAGAGCAGCGAUUCUGAAGCAAGGAGCACGCAUUAUCAGAGAACAAAUGGAGGAGAGAGAACGUGAGAGAAGAAAGAAGGAGGAGUUGCGGGACCUGGAAGGCCAGGCAAUUCUUCAAAGGAUUGAGAAGCUGAAAGAGGAAGACCUUCGAAUAGCCAUGGAGAAACGCGAGGCUGGUGCCAAGCUCCUGGCGGAGGUGGCCCGGGCCAAUGCGGAACAGAUUGCGGAGAAGAAGAGACAAGCAAAGGCGGAAAAGGAACAGGACGCAAGGAUUGUCCGAUACUUGACGGAGAAGGAAAGACAGGAACAGCAGUAUGCUGAUGAGCAGGAGAGGUUGAAGAAAGAGAAAGAGAGGGAAGUGGCUCGGCUGCGUGGACUGCAAGAGAAGGCAAAGGACAAACAGGCAGAGCUGGAUGAACUGCGAGCUCAAAGAAUCCAGGAGCAGAAGGAGAGAGAGUGGCGGCAAAAAGAGCGAAUGGAAGCUGAGGCGACCCGUGCCAUGCAUGAAGAUCUGGCCCGCGCACGCGAGCAGCAGCAAAUUCUGAAGCUGAAGCGAAUGGCAGAGCAAGCACAGAUAGAGCAGAAGGAAUUUGAGCACAUUGUGCGCGUCCAGAGGCAGAUUGAAGAGCAGGAAAGGCUCGCCCGUGAGGCUCAACGAAAGAAGAACUUGGAGCACAAAGCAUCCUUGAUUCAGCACAUCAAAGGCCGUGAGGAGAGGCGGAAAAAGGAGAGGCAGGAGUAUUUGCGCGAAGGUGAGAGGAUCAGACAGAAGUAUCAGGAAGAGAGGCUGAAGCUAGAAGCAAUUAAGCUCCAGAAGUUGAAAGAGCUGGAGGCCGAGGGUGUUCCCGCAAAGUAUCGUGCAGAACUUGAAAGGAAGAGGGUAACUGCCCUCAUGAUGGGGAAAACCUGAUGAUAGUACACACUCAACCUAGCCUCCUUACUGUAGGUGGAAGGUAAUUUUUUUGUAAACAUAAGAGCAAUUUUCCAUUUGGCAUUAGUUGGCCGACGUUCAUUUCUUUAUCUACAAAUGCUAAAAUUGCCUCCUGCUUCCAAGCAGUUUCUUUCUGUGGUAGAGCAAUCCAACAACUGCACUCCACGAGCAUGAGAUGAGGUCAGGGGACCAUAGGUGAAGAGGACCAUAGGUGAAGAGGACCAUAGGUGAAAACACUGAAAACAGUGAAAAGGCCAUAGGACCGGACAGGGUAGGGCAGGAACGGAGAACAAACCAGCAGCGGAAAUAACAAGGAAAGCCGAGGAAAGGCGCAGAGGUUCCAGGAAGACAUUGUCAGUGGAGGCUUUCUUAACUGCUUCACAGCUUCUGUGAUUAUGGGAUAUGGCAGUGUGGUCACCUCAAGCCCUCAACUGUAAGGUGAAGGUGCAACUUCUUCUAGGGGAGGUCUGGGGGUUAAUGCACACUGCGUUUAUAAAAUUUAGGUUCGUUAUUGGCGGUUGUCCUGUGCUUUUUCUGGUGUGCUAUUCAAAAACUUCAAAUCCCAAUCCAGCCCAGCAAGGAUCAAGCUGAUGUAAAACCACCGUUUCCCGCCCAGCUACUCAUGAGGAUGCGCCAGUUAACACGGUGCCAGAGAAAGGCUCAGCCUACUGGACCGAAAAAGGCUGGCAGAACCUGGUAGACUCUUGCCCAAGAGGGUUUGGUGGUACUUAAGCGACAACCAGUACUUGGAGACUUCCUUUUGCCGAAGCGGAUUCCUCCUUGUGUGCCAAAAAAAAGAGACGGCGCGUUUCUUUUUUCCCUGGUGCCGCCAGCCAUUUUUAUCAGGCAUGCACAGCCGCAUCGCAGAAAAAUAUAUGGGAAAAGUACUGAUGGUUUAAGCCGUGAUUUAAACCAUGCACCAGAAGGCGAAUCACUAUUCAUUGAAGUCCAGGGCUAGGGGGCUGGGGUUGUUUCUGAGGUGGGUUUGUCAGAAUAGUUAUCAAAUCUCAAGUCUAGCCCAUGAAGUCAGAUGAUAACCCAGAAAGUCCAGGGCUAGGGGGUUGGGGUUGUUUCUGAGGUGGGUUUUUGUCAGAAUAGUUAUCAAAGCUCAACUCUAGCCCAUGAAGUCCGAUGAUAACCCAUAAUUAACCACUCAUAAUGGUCAUGAAACCCACUUCAACUGUGACUGUAGUUCUCACACAAGACAGCAUCAGCUAGCACACCUUGCUGCUGGUGAUCCCCCUGCCCCCAUCCCCGCUACCAACGGUAAGCAGCUUUGAAGGCAAUAAAAGGGUGUUUGAAACUGAAGUUGGAAACAUAGCUGUGUUUGAAACUGAAGUUGGAAAAGGCAUGAGUGUUUGAAACUGUUCCACUGUACCCCACUUACACCCCAUUCUACAGAAUGAAAACACGAUAAUUCU